AUGGGGCAAAGCGCAGAUAGAUCGGUGGCUGAAGGCAAGGAUCUCACCGCGUCUGCACUGGGCAUGGCUAUUAUCAUUUUGGCGAUGCUUCCACUCCCAGAAGGGGACUCAGCGAAUAUCUAUUCAACAGUUCAAUAUUCAAUUCUGCUGUUGGUAUCGUUAGGAGGAAAUCGACGUUCGAGGCGAUCUGACGUGAAAGAGCCGCGGAGACUGUCAGCUUCGCCUCGAUUGCCGUGCAGGUUUUCUCCGCGAUCGGUAAAAACGGACUCAAGCCGGGCAUGCGGUUCGGGAAAAGCAGAAGUGGCCAAGUUGUACGCUGGCACGACGGCCGAAUCCUUCGAGGAGGAUCUUGUGCGAAAGCCGGGAACGGGAAGGCCGAAGCGCCAGGUUCGGGAACGCUCGCCAUCCCCCUCAACGGCAAAGCCAAAGAUGUUGACGCGGUCGAAGCGAGAAGACGCCACGAAGGAAUACCCGCCCUGUGUCCGCUGCAAAUGCACCAGCUUUCGCGUGGUUGACCCGGGCCGGCCGGACAGGAAACGUGUAAUCGAGUGCCGAAAUAUGGACUGCCUGGCCUCGAUCGCCUACACCGAAUUGGAGGAGGGCGAGCUGCUCGGAGCGCAGGAAGAGGUGGAAUACGGCUGGUACCUGCGUGAUUGGGAGGAGAUCUACUACCCGAAAGUCAACGAGGAGCAACGGUGGAUUGGCAGUUUAUGG